AUGUCAAAUAAAAAUAAAAUACACGAAUAUUUCGAUACCACAUAUUCCCAAUGGAAUAUUUGUGAUUUUUUGAAUGAAUGUGAUUUAGAACCAUUUGGACAGAAAAUAGCAUGUUAUAUUAGGUCUCUUGGGAUCAUAGUUAGUUGUGAGACAGAUCACAGGCGCGAAAGAGCAAAGGAACUGCUCGAUAAAUAUAAAGAGCUUCGACCGAGCCACGAAGCCAGUGUUGGAGCGUAUACGACCUACGAGUCGUCUUACGUUCAAGGCUUCGACCGAUCUGACACUGGCCCUGCUGGGGCGUAUAUGUCCUACGAGACAUCUUACGGUACUCGACCAGAUCGCUGUCUGGCAAGAAAUUGGGAUAAUAAGCGUAAGUCAGUUGAAAGGUUGAAUGAACCCUCAAUUAAUGCCCAUAAUCCAACAUUUAUAGGUGGGACUGUUAGUGGGAUUAUAUACUCUGAAACUUUCACUGCUGGACCAUUAGAAAAGGAUCAGAAAAAGGCACGGGGGUGUAUUUUUAUAAGUAAAGUGGACAAUAUCAACGCCUUAUUCAAAUAUUCUUCCAGUGUAAAGUCCACAAAAUUUCUUGAGAAACUGCGGAGAUUAAGUGACAACUCAGAAAUAAUAAGCGACGACAACGAUGAGGAGGAUAAAACUACAAUUUAUUCCCUUUGUAAUACAAGCGACACUGAUGAAUCGACUUUCGAAGAAUCAGCAUCUGAUACGUCUGACAAUGGUGUGGGUCAAUUUGCAUUUUUCGCAAAGAUCCCCUAG